AUGGUUAUUUUACGUUUGCAGUGCGGCCAGUUGUUUCACAUCGCUCAUAAUAAUAGGGAAGGACCGGUGGAAGGGAGAGGAGGAAAGAAGCCGAAGGGUUUGAUGCAUUAUUUUGAACAGCACAUUUACUGUGUGAGUUUCCCACUGCGGAAUUUGCUGAAUCGUUCUCCAGUACGAUCUAUCAUGCUGGAGAAGUAUCGAAUAUCUUUCUUUUCAUGGGCAUCAUCGUUGAACUCAAGUUUGGUGUCAAAAAUGGGAGUUCCAAAAUUCUACCGAUGGCUAAGCGAACGUUAUCCAUGUCUCAGUGAGAUCGUUUCUGCUGGCCAGAUUCCUGAAUUUGAUAAUCUUUACUUCGAUAUGAACGGUAUUAUUCACGGUUGUUCGCAUCCUAAUGAUGAAGAUGUAUUCUUCAGGAUUUCAGAAGAGGAGAUUUUUCGUGAUAUAUUUCAUUAUAUAGAAACUCUUUUCGGGAUCAUAUGCCCCAAAAAAGUCUUUUUUAUGGCUGUAGAUGGAGUUGCUCCUCGUGCAAAGAUGAACCAGCAGCGUGCUAGGCGUUUUAUGUCUGCCAAAAAUGCGGAGAUGACUUAUAAACUAGCGGCAAGUAGAGGAAAAGAAGUUUCGCAGGAAGGGCGUUUUGAUUCAAAUUGUAUUACUCCUGGUACUCAGUUUAUGGCGCGGUUGCAUACCCAUUUACAAUAUUUUAUUCAGUACAAGAUAACAACGGAUCCAUUGUGGCAGGGAAUCCGCAUAUACUUAUCUGGACAUGAUUGCCCUGGAGAAGGUGAACAUAAAAUUAUGGAUUUUAUUCGAACUGAACGAUCGAAGCCAGAUUAUGAUCCAGAUACGAGACAUUGUUUGUAUGGUCUCGAUGCUGAUUUAAUAAUGCUUGGUGCCUGCUCUCAUGAACCGCAUUUUUCUCUUUUAAGAGAGGAAGUUCAGUUUGGUCGCCCUAGAAAUAAUUCGAAAUCACAAAGAACAAGUGUCGAAAAAACCACCUUUCAUUUGCUUCAUAUCUCGCUCUUGCGCGAAUAUCUUGGAAUGGAAUUUAAAACACUCGAGGACAAAAUUUCGUUUAAGUAUGACUUGGAGUCCAUAAUUGAUGACUGGGUAAUGUUAGGUUUUCUAGUAGGGAAUGAUUUUAUUCCUCAUCUCCCAUAUGUUCAUAUUCAUCAAGAUGGUCUUGAUGCCUUGUACAAUACCUACUUAGAAGUGCUUCCGCGACUGGAUGGUUAUAUAAACGAGAAUGGUAUAUUGAACCUAAAAAGGUUUGAAAUUUUUUUAAAAUCUUUCUCCAAAAACGAUCGGCGCUGUUUUGUCGUUGAAAUGGAUGAUCUUACUUAUUUGAAAUCCAAACAAGCUGGAGAUGCUGCAGCGUUCAGAUCUAAGAGGGUGGAAGAGAAGCGGGAAGAAGAAAUGGUUGCUUAUGAGCUCUCCGACGGCGGUAGUGUUUCUGAACUUGCUUCGUCAGAACCGGAAACAAAAGGAGCAGUAUGGACACCGUCUGUUAACAGAGCGUUCAAGCACCAUAAGCGGGCGUAUUACACUGAGAAGAUGAAGUAUAAGAAUAUUAGUAAAGAACAACUACAAGAGCAAGCUGAAGGUUACGUUCGUGCCAUUCAGUGGAAUCUUCAUUACUAUUACCAUGGUUGUUGCAGCUGGAAUUGGUUUUACCCUCACCAUUAUGCACCAUACAUAUCAGAUGUUUUUAACUUUUCCGAUAUGAAGUUGGAUUUUGAACUUAGUGAACCGUUCCAUCCAUUUGAACAACUAUUAGCCGUGCUUCCGGCAGCUAGUGCAAGUUGUCUGCCUGUUCCAUUUCAGGAACUUAUGUUAGACGAAUCUAGCCCUAUAUACGAUUUUUACCCUCGCGAGUUUCUUACUGAUUUGAACGGAAAGAAGAAUGACUGGGAAGCAGUUGUUUUAAUUCCGUUUAUUGAAGAAAAGAGAUUAUUAGAAGCAGUCGCCACUAAGACAGCCCGACUGACGGAGGAGGAACGCUUAAGGAAUUCGCAUGGUCCGCAUUUGCUUUUCACAACCGAUUUUGAAAAUCCCGCACGUCUUGAUUCCUCCAUACCCGAAGUUUUAGAGAGCAUGGAGAAUUGUGUGGCGAAAAGCCAAAUAGUUUACGGACUUUUGCCUGGUGUCCAUCUCGAUGUUUAUUUCCCUGGUUUUCCAACAACAAAACAUAUACCAUAUACUUCUGAAUUACGACAUGCUAACUGCUGUAUUUUCCAGCAACCAACUCUGAAGAAGUCAAUGAUAAUGUCCAUUAUUGAAAGACCAGAACUUCAAAAAGAUUUUUCAUCAAUCGCUUCAGAUUUACUUGGGAAAGAAGUGUAUGUAGAAUGGCCUAUUUUAAAGAAAGGGCUUGUUCAUCAGUUGUGGACCAGUGAUUCCAAAUGGCUUUUGGGGGAUGAUGGUACAGUAGCUUGUGAGGAACUUGAUCCGUUGGAGAGCGGUGCUUACCAGAACCACUGCAAUGAUCUUGUUAAACGGGGCAUUCAAAGAACAUGUUCCAGUGAAUACAAGCGCUUCGGGAUCGAAGUUGGAGAAAGGAAAGCAAUUGUUUUUGCUAAGUCUUUAGUUGGCAUAUCUACCCUAGUUGAACAAGAAAAAGUCGUUGUACAGAAAACGUGGACUUCUGAUCUUGACUUAAAGAAUGUGUUAGAAGACCGGCGGAUGUAUCCAAAUAUGACAUCCAUUACGGAGGCGUUUCCUGUGGGAUGUUCGGCAUUCUUUUCUAACACGAAAACAAAGUUUUACGGCUACCGAGUGGUAGUCGAGAGCAGCGGAUUUCUAAAAAAGCAAUCUACUGCCAUCUGGCUUAAUCGUUUUAAAAGCGUGCUUAAAGUUCGCUGUACUUUACCGAUAAACGAUCUAGAGUUAACGCAUUUAGCUUUCAAUAUUAAAAGAUACUCUGUUCAGUGGUUUCAUAUUAAUUUAGUUGCCCGUCCUGGAACGCUUUUAGUGACUAGAAAUAUUGUCAGCCGCAUUACCGGCCAUGUUCCCUUAAUCAUGACCACGGCAGCGCAGUAUGGCUCUAAACAGGACCGAGCAGAAAGAAUGAACAUUGGUUUAUGUCUGAAAAAUCCGAAGAAAAAUUUGGCGAUCCCAGGAUUUGCGAAACGGAUUAAUGACACUUGGGAUUACUCGUUUAAAACAGUCCGUGUCCUUCUCGAGUACCGCAGAAGAUUUCCUGAAGUUUUUAACCACUUACAACACCCGACACGAGUAACUGAGGCAUAUUUUGCUGAAGAAAUAUGGAACGAUCCAGUUGAAAGGGAGGCACGCACACGCGAACUCUCAGAAUUUCUGAAAUCUCUUCCUUCUGCAUCGAUGAGUAUGGAACCCGCUGAUGGUAAUUUUCUAGAUGACAGUGCUAUAAAGGAAGUUGAGCGAAUAGUUUCUUCAACUCCGAAGCAGUUUAAAACUAAGCAUUUUGCAGUCAAGCCGUCUAUGCUUUUUCGACACGAACUUCACACUGGGAGGACGUUGCCAGAUCCAGAUACGAAGUUUGAACUGCUUGACCGCGUGGUUUGUGUCAGACCCUUGAGAGGAGCCCCAUUUUCAGGGCUUGGAACGAUUAUAGGAAUUACAGUCGUUAAUGACACUCCUGAAGUAGAUGUGCUUUUCGAUGAAUGCUAUUUUGGUGGCAAAUCCAUACGAGAAUUUCAAGGCGUUGGUGUGAUUUCUUUACACUGGAGUAAGAAUUUGCAAGAAUGGGCUAAUGUGGUAAAAUGUUAA